GGUGGCGCUAUGCUUGUUUGGACAAGGACCAAGGAGGACGGACAGAUAAAGAGGCACGAUAACUAAUAACUGACGAUAACAACCGCGGUGAUAGCGCGUGAGUUGCUCGGUUCUGCUGCUCUCUACGACAGAGUAGGCGUAGCCUAGCUAUAUUUGAGGGAGGAGUUUGACAAUUGGAAGGACAUUACUUCCGUAUUUAAUUGAUUUUAUUUAUUGUUCAUACUGGAUCUAUGCAGGGGUUUUAGAUCUGUAAAGUGAGGGGAGAAUUAACUAUCUUUUAGAAAUGGUUUCAAAAACCACAGAACGCGAAUCCAAGAUUAUAGAAUGGGACGAUAUGGACAAGAGAAAGUUCUAUUCAUUUGGACUCAUUUUUGCUUUAUCAAUACGAGUUGUUCUAUAUCCUACCACCUUGAUCAAAACAAGACUGCAAGUUCAAAGACAGAAGUCAGCCUAUACAGGCACUUGGGACGCUAUUAAGAAAAUAGGCCGCUAUGAAGGCCUGCGCGGCUACUACAAAGGCUUUAUGGUCAACUCUCUUACAAUAUUCUCAGGGCAAUGUUACGUUACAACGUAUGAAUUAUUACGCAAAGCAUUUUCAGGUACUAAUAAUUUUACAAAAUCAUGUAUUGCUGGAGGCGGGGCAUCGCUAGUAGCUCAGAGUAUAACAGUUCCAAUUGAUGUAGUCUCCCAAAGGAUAAUGAUGAUGGGUCAGUCUGUAGAUGGCAGUGUUGCUAAACAAAAUAUAUCAUGGAAGCAGUCUUCAAUGGUAGUAAGAGAUAUAUUAAGGACUAGUGGUGUACGUGGAUUUUAUCAAGGCUAUGUUGCCUCUAUUAUGACAUUUAUGCCAAGUAGCGCCCUCUGGUGGCCAUUUUAUCAUUUCUACACAGACCAGUAUAGCUAUUUAAUAAAGGAUGUACUCGGUGUGCCUGUCCCCCACAUUGCUGUACAGGCAUUGGCUGGACCUUCAGCAGGCUUCACUGCUACAACUUUCACCAAUCCGAUGGAUAUUGUACGUGCUCGAUUGCAGGUGAUUGGUGGUGAUUCAAUCAUUGGCUCAUUCAGGGAACUUCUUCAUGAAGAAGGCGUAAGGGGUUUCACCAAAGGACUAACUGCAAGAUAUCUUGCGUCAAUGCCAACGAGCCUUGUGAUCGUCCUUGGUUAUGAGACUUUGAAGAAGAUUAGUUUACGAAAUGAAUUGAAGGAGUUGAUUAGUAUGUAAUGCAGUUGAAUCAUUGCGUUAAGCCGACAAUACCGUCAAGAUACUGUACAUCGGUUGUGUUACUAAACACCAAAGUGGUAGUAAGCAUAGUGGAGCUGCAUUGGUAUUAAGUAUUGGAGCUGAAUAUGUAGUGAAGAUGCAUUGUUGGCAGUACUGCUAUAUAGUGAAGCUGCAAGUCCAGUGGUACAGUGACAUUACAAAUUUGGAGCUGCUCAGGGCAGUAAUAUUUACUGGUGGUACUUUGCUAGAUCUGCAUCAGUGGUAGUACAGGAGCUGCAAAAUCAGUGGUAGUUCUAGGUACUGCAAUGGUAACUGUGUUUAUUUAAUAUGUGCUGUAGCUGCAUCAUUCUAACAAUAAAAUCCUUUUACUGACUUAUAAGUCACUGAAUCUCAAUCAAUCCGCAUACAUUAAUCAACUUCUUUCCAAAUAUGUGCCUGGCCGUUCCCUACGUUCAUCUGAUCUCAAUUUAAUUUCUGGCUUUCGCACCAACACAAAGACCUUCGGACACAGAUCAUUUUCAUUUGCUGCAGCCACACUCUGGAACGCACUACCACUUCACAUUAAAGAAUCAGCAUCAAUUCCUUUAUUUUAAAAAAUCACUCAAAACGCACUUAU